AUGUGCCCGAGUCGGGAGAGGCCCGACUGGCCUGAAAAAUCACAUCCGCCCUGUGAUGCCGCAGAUCUCGGUUGCCGGCCUGGAACCAAAUCUCAAGCGUCUAAUGGGCUGGAUCUAGCAACUAAAGAAAGCUACACUUUGGCUAGCGUUAACAUCUGCCGGCCACGUGAUAGGAUGGCGAAUUAUGCCAUCUGGGAAAGGUCAAAUAUUUGGCUUGAUCAGCUCGUGCACCCCCGUCUUUCUGAUGUUCAAAGGGCGCGUUGUCAUUCUGGUAAGUUUGCAGACUUGACCUCGCCCAGACCUUGUUGGCUCUCGCCCGGUGGCGCUAACCUCGGGUCUACCGGUGUAGAGGUGUGUAGAGUCUCAGGGGUUUCUAAUUGUGGACGUGCUGUCAGUCCCAAUGAUAGAAAUGAGCAUUGUGCAUUUCAAGAACACUCAAAGAAUGCGAACCGGAAACACAUAAAAAUUGGUGGACAAACCGGCUCAGAAGAUGUCACAAGGUCAAACAGAAAAGGAGCUCCAAAGCCGAGGGCACGAGAUGCACUUCUCUGA